UGCAACCUGCCGGGGCGGCUCUGGUGGCCGCAGCCGCCCGAGUGGCCGCCACCACAGACACCUCCGGAGGGAUCCAGUUGAGGAGAGGCAGAGGUGUCGCUGGCCCCGGCCUUUGCCUAGGCCCUCACUGGACACUCAAGGGGGACUCCAGGUUAUGGGUGCUACAUGUGUGCUUUCAGAGCAGUAGUGUGAGGAAGCUUGAAGUGGGAUGGCAGGACGGCCUCAUCCUUAUGACAGUAACUCCAGUGAUCCAGAGAAUUGGGAUCGGAAAUUGCAUAGUAGACCUCGUAAACUUUAUAAACAUUCAAGUACUCCCUCACGUGUUGCUAAAGGAGUUGUCAACCACACCAAAAUGAGUCUACAUGGUGCUAGUGGGGGACAUGAGAGAUCAAGAGAUAGACGAAGGUCAAGUGACAGAUCGAGAGAUUCAUCUCAUGAAAGAACAGAAUCUCAGCUCACUCCUUGUAUUAGAAAUGUUACUUCUCCAACACGACAGCACCAUGUUGAACGAGAAAAAGAUCACAGUUGCUCUCGUCCAAGCAGCCCUCGUCCUCAAAAAGCAUCUCCAAAUGGUUCCAGCACCAGUGCUGGGAACAGCAGCAGAAACAGCAGUCAGUCCAGUUCAGAUGGUAGCUGUAAAGCAUCUGGGGAGAUGGUGUUUGUAUAUGAAAAUGCAAAAGAAGGAGCUCGGAAUGUAAGAACGUCAGAACGAGUAACGCUAAUAGUGGAUAACACUAGAUUUGUUGUAGAUCCAUCUAUUUUUACUGCACAGCCAAAUACAAUGUUGGGCAGGAUGUUUGGAUCUGGCAGAGAACAUAACUUUACACGUCCUAAUGAGAAGGGAGAGUAUGAGGUGGCAGAGGGAAUUGGCUCCACUGUCUUUCGAGCUAUUCUGGAUUACUAUAAAACAGGAAUAAUCCGUUGUCCUGAUGGCAUAUCUAUUCCUGAACUGAGAGAAGCAUGUGACUAUCUUUGUAUCUCUUUUGAAUAUAGUACUAUUAAAUGUAGAGAUCUCAGUGCACUAAUGCAUGAGUUAUCAAAUGAUGGUGCUCGUAGACAGUUUGAAUUUUAUCUGGAAGAAAUGAUCCUGCCUCUCAUGGUAGCUAGUGCUCAGAGUGGGGAACGAGAAUGCCACAUAGUGGUGCUUACGGACGAUGAUGUGGUUGAUUGGGAUGAAGAGUAUCCACCACAGAUGGGAGAAGAGUAUUCACAAAUUCACCUUUUAAGGGAGAUAACUCCACCUGAAAGAGAGAAGGCGAGGAAGGUCCAUCAGUCUAACUCCUUGAAGUCCUCAGCACAUUUGGAAGACUCAACGUGUUUUAUUUAUAGCACAAAAUUAUAUAGAUUUUUCAAGUACAUUGAAAACAGAGAUGUGGCCAAAUCAGUUUUGAAGGAGCGGGGUCUUAAGAAGAUUAGAUUGGGAAUAGAAGGUUAUCCUACCUACAAAGAAAAAGUAAAGAAAAGGCCUGGGGGCCGCCCAGAAGUGAUUUAUAACUAUGUCCAAAGACCCUUUAUCCGAAUGUCCUGGGAGAAGGAAGAAGGAAAGAGUCGGCAUGUAGACUUUCAGUGUGUAAAGAGUAAAUCUAUCACCAACCUUGCAGCAGCUGCCGCAGACAUUCCCCAGGACCAGCUGGUAGUCAUGCACCCAACUCCGCAAGUAGAUGAGCUGGAUAUUCUCCCUAUCCAUCCCCCUUCUGGCAACAAUGACCUCGAUCCUGAUGCACAGAAUCCAAUGCUGUGAUGCUGAUGUUCCUUGAAACCAUAGCAUGCUACUCUUCACAGUGACGUUGCACUCUCCUCAUUCUGCACUGCAAAGCCACUCUCUUCAUUGUGAGAUGCACAUAACAAUGUUUAGGAUAUUGCAGUGUAGGCUUUUUUAAAGACCAAAGGUAGCUGAAUGGUUUUUUAAAUGAGUACAACUCUAGCAUCCUGAGGUUCCAGUUAUAUAAAUGUAUUUGUUUACCAGUAGGUUUGUGAAAUUGGUUCUUUGUAUGGGGGACAGUCCUUUUUCACAUAUCUAGAUCUUUUCAGAAGUGGUGGAAAUUGGCAGCUGGGGUACUUUCAGUCGGGAUUGAUAUUUGUCACGCCCCAGAUAAAAUGCAGAAUAUUAUAUAGUUGCACUUUAUAAAUGGUGGUUAAAUGGAACUGUUCAAGCCAUUUUUAUAGUUGUGUGAUGCACAAAAUAACUUAAAUUAAGUGCUUCUAUCAAAGUAUUCCUUCAGUAAAAUGUGUAUAGUUUGCUGCCCAUGAUGAGCAAAAAAUGAGUAUUUAUCAUUGGGUUUAUUUGAACGAUUAGAAUGAGAUUCAAAACCCCUAUUUUAUCAGUUAUCUCCAGCGCCACUUUCACCCUUUUAGAGUGAGUCACCUGCAGGGAGUGUGAGCAUUGGAGGGGUUUAUUAUCCAGUCUGCCUUACCCUUAAUCUGUUCACAGAUAUUUAUUUACUAAUGAUUUUUUUCUUAAGAGUUAUGGGAUAGGAAAAUGAAGUGUUUGCUCUUCAUUUACUAAAUGAUUGUAAACUCGAGUUUUUCAUCAAAAUAAAAUUCCAUUGUUUUAA